CGUCGUCGUUGGUUCAUUCUUCGUCAGGGUGAAAUACCAGGCCAAUUUCAUCUGGAGUACUACACCGAUCGAAAUUGUCGUAAAUUGAAAGGAAUGAUUGAUUUGGAUCAAUGUGAACAAGUCGAUUCUGGUCUACGGCUCGAGCAUAGAAAACAGAAAUUCCAGAAUAUGUUCGAUGUUAAAACACCGAGACGUACAUACUACUUAGCUGCUGAUUCCGAAGCCGACAUGAACGAUUGGGUGGCAUGCAUAUGCCAAGUGUGCAAUUUACAAGAUUUAUCGAACAAAGGAACGAACAGUGAUACCAACCGGCAAUAUUACAAUGUGGGAAGCGAGGCAGAAUUGAACAAACCGACAGAUCAACGCACAGUCAUAUCGUCGCAGCCGAAUGUCUCGUCCCAUUCAAAUAAUCGAAGUGAUCAAUCAUACGACAGUUCAUCGAAAUCCAAUUCAAUGUACUCGAAUCGCGAGACUAUGCUUUGCGAUGUCCCAUUAUCAGCUGGUGCAUCUCAUCAAAACAAUGACAGUGUAAACUACUACAAUUUUGCAGCCAUCGAAAAUGAAAUUACACGAAUUCAAGCGGUCGAGCGAUCCCAAUCGGUUCGUAUUCCCAGCACACCCAGUGAACAAUCAAAUGGUUUUCCUUCUCACACAAGAGCUCAUUCUCUCGUUGAAAUGAAGCCAACAAUUGGGAAUGCGAGAAAAAUUCCAGAAAAUCUUAAACUAUCUGAGUGUCAUGUGCUGGACAAUUCGGAACCGUCUCCAGCAUUGAGUACAAGCUCUGGGCCGUACAUUCCGAUUAGUGAAUGUUUUUCGGGCAGUCCGGGAAUGUUUGACAUGAGCAAUCCGGCUACUCCACUAAAUUCUUUGGAUCCGAAAUUCUAUGAUACUCCUCGAAGCCAUAUCAAUAUUGGACUGAAUUUAACCAACGAUCAGCCAUAUUCACCGAAAAGGAACAAUUGUCCACCGUCGCAGCCUCGACCAAGAAGUGGACGAUCGAGUCCUACAGACUCUGAAUCCGUGUUCACGGACGACGAAGAUUGGACGACACAUCAAUCACCACAUGGUCCAUUAGAUCGCAGUCUUCGACCAUCGGAUAGUUCCAUUGAAAAUGAUUCCAUUGUCAUCACAUACACACAUCGCUUUUCUAGAUUACCAAACGACGAAAAAACGACCGACAAUGAUCACGUUGUUGAGAAGCGUAAAAAAUCAGUUCCGUCUCGACCUCCGAAACGUAUAAGCAAAUUGCUGCUUGAAGGAGUUGAGGAACGGAAUAAAGAGAUUCAUUCGUCAGACACGGAAAAUGCGUCGCCGGCUAUUGGACCAAAAGAUAUUAGCUGUUGUGUAGAAGACAGUUAUGACAUUCCUCGAUCACAUCAGAUGCCUUACUAUAAUUUAAAUGAAAAUAAUUCAAUUUCUCCGACAUUGCUCGAUCGCGACCAAAUAACAUCAUCAACGCCGAAUCUAACUACGGAAAUGGCUACAUCGAAAAUUCCAAACAGAUCUCAUUUCUAUUCGAAUGCCGCGCCAUCCAAGGUGGAUAGCAAUGUUUUCUGUUAUGAUUUCGUUGAUCAGGAAAACGCCCCGGUUGUGAAUAGAGGUCUGAAACCAAAGCCAGUUGAAAAUAAACCAGCCGAUAGUAAAGAGCAACCGGAUAUUAAUCAAUCAGCAAAGCGCAUAUCAACAUCCUCAUUUCAUUUAGAAUUGAGACCACCACCUUGCGACCGGAAAUUGAAGCCGAGCACUCCGAAGUUCGACACCCACUCACUACGCCGAAAAGGUGGUCCAAUGUCGCUAUCAACAGAUACCGGCAUAUAUUCGAAUCAUUCAGAAAGCCUUUCGAAAACUCUUCCACGAAACUAUAACAAUUCAUCAGCAUCAUCGUCGCUUACACUUACAAAACAAAUGAUUCCACAGCCGCAGCAACAAUCUCAAGCAAAACCAGUCGGCCAUUUAGAGUAUUUUGACUUAGAUCAUUCGAACCCUCCAUCCAUUUGCACCACAAACAGUUCAAAAGCGAAUUCAACAAGCACAUCGAAUUUAUCCUUGGCAAACCGAAGCAAUCCAACGUUUGCUAAGGCAGUACAACCGGAUCCGAGUGGAGUCGUUUAUAAAUGCGUUGAUUUUGUUAAAACAGAAGCCAUUAAACGGACAAGACAGGAUACUGAAAAGAAUCGCAAUGAAAAGAAAACAUCAAACAAAGAUUAGACAAGGGCACCGAAGCCGCAGCGUGCAAUGAGUGAAAAUUCAAGUAUUAAGUUGUUAUGAUGCUAAUGUCAUCCACAUAUGGCCUAGUCAUGCGAUUAUUGUUUUUAUUUUACAACCGUGUUGGUUCGAAAUAACUGGGAAAAUAUGUUUCCAAUAGCUUUGAAUAGAAACCAACAACAACUUUGCAUGAUAUUAAUGGUUUGAAUUGGUUUUGUUAUCUUCAAUUAAGUGCAACUUUUAAGAAAAAAAAGUGAGAUUUCAAUGAACUUUUAAUUGUUACGUGAUUUUCGUAAUAACACUUAUCAAUCCGUUUACUUUGGACAUAUUAAAGAAUGAGAAUAAAACUUUAGGUCAUCCGCUACCACAACAUUGAUUUGUUCAUUUCUAUUUACCUAUUGUUCCAGAAUAUUAUAUAACUGGAGAUUAUUCAUCUGCACAACGACGACAAUUUCUGGUUUUUGUUCUCUUACAACAAAACGCAUGAUAUAAAAAUUGAAGUCGUAGAUUUCGUAUCAAACGCUUUGCACAAAUGAAGUAACAGAUUUAUUGAUUUUGUUGCGUUACGCAUAUCCGGGAUCUGAAUUGGCAGCAAGAGUAGAGAUUAGAAAUAGUAAUAUUGCUCUCUAAAAUCCAACAUAUUUUCUGAUUUAAGAGUUGUUGUGGAUUUUGUAAUUGUUCACACAUAAAUUUAAUAUAACAAAUGAACGUCUAGAUUCAAUGUUUUAGUAUUUUGUUGUAAAAUAAAAUCACAAACCACAACUACCCCCAAGUCAGAAAAUAAUGUCGGAUUUAAUUUUUCCGCGAGUGUAUGAACCGUAAAUGAAUCAGUAAUCGCAGUGAAGAACAACGAUUGUCAUAUUUAAUUUUUGACUGGACAUUGUAUUUCAAGUUAGAAAAGAAAAUAUUUAAAAUAAUUAUCUUCCUAUAUGCCUUAUUAGACGAUAAGUUCAUUUAUUCAAAUAUUAAUUAUUUACACAAACACACAAAAAAACUUUACAUUCUAAAGUAUUUAUGAUCUAUUUUUACGUUAUAGUGAACCUAAAAACUUUUUAUUAUUCUAGAAGACAAAACAAAACAAAAAAAAAGGUUUUUUAGAUCGGAAAGAUAUCUUCUACAUCCAAAUAUUAAUUAUUGUGAUUAAAAUGAAUUAAAUUAGUGUCUUAAACAUUGACCUUUUUAAAAAAGUAUUUCGAUUUCCAUUUUCGUUUGUCAUAUACUUUCGUCAUACAAAGCAAUUAAUCAUUUAAGCUUUACUGUUAGAAGCUCAUUAACCGCAAUUAUUAUUUUUAAGCAAAAUUUUCGUCAGUAUUUUUUGUUACUGAACUUUUUUUAUUUUAAUUUUAUUUUCUAUGCUAACCACGAAAAUAUUUUGUAGAAUAAAUUGAAUAUAUUUAUUGAUUGAGCUCUACAAUAAAUUAUGAAUAUGAAAAAUAUUGUCAAAA